AAAUUCUCAUAUUAUUUAUGAUUAGAAUUUAAAGGAAUUUAUUAGAUUUUGUAAGAUAAAAUUAUCCCGUAUUUUUAAAAAUGUUUGUUUUCAUUGUAUUUACUUUGUGUAUAUUAAUUACUGCUAUAAUUAUAUCAUUUUAUUAUCGAUAUUAUUACUUAAAACGAAAUCUUUGUCAAACAAAAUGCUUCAAGACCACGAUCGUUCGUCAAUCAAAUCAAAAUAAUUUAGAUACAACAUUAAUUAAUGAUUCAUUAGUUUUUUCGCCUAACAAUGUUUCAAAAAAUGGCAUUUCAUCACAAGCCAAUGAUAAUAAUCUAGUUCAUAAUCGUUUUCGGUUCAGAAGUUCACCAGUGAAUUAUAUUUCGCCGCAUUCAAUUUAUGGAUAUGCGCCAUCAAAAAUUGGUAAUAGUUUCAAAAAUGAAAAACCUAAAGCUACCCGACAGUUUACUGUCAAACUAUCGCCUUUUCCAUUGGAAACUUUGUCAUCAAAUAUUUUCACCAACCGUUCGGCUAUUGUAAAAUCUGUAGAAAAUAAUGAUUCGAUAAAUUCUGGUCAAAAUGUCGAGUUCUCAAUAAAUGAAAGUUCAACUACUGUUUCAAAUGCAAAAGAAGCAUCAUCAAUCAAAAUUGUUAAUUGGGGUGCUUCUAACAGCAAAAAACGACCGAUAAUUGAUGAUCAUGAAGAUCUAGGUACUAAGAAAUCUCGAAACAAUCAUGAUGAAGAUGAUUAUCAUGUAGAUGAUGAUUAUGAAGCAAAUGUAGAUAUAGAUUCUGGACUUUCAUCCACCACAUCAACGAACAACAAUAAGAAUGAUAAAACUUUAAAACGAAGUACAAAUGUUUUGGAUAAUGAAAAUCAAUUCAUAAUUCCUAAAAAACGUGUUCGUAACAACGAAAUCCUAAGUUCAUAUAGUUCGACUAAUUCUAACUUACAAACUAAAUUGGCUGUCAACAAACGGAAAUCUUCGCCGGAAACACCAUUGUCAUCAAUAUUAUCGAAUAAUAAUGAAGAAUGUAAAACGAAAAAACUAACUCAUAUUGAAGAAUUAGAAUUGAUGACAUCUCAGGUGAAGCCGUCAUCUUAUAAUGUAUUUUUAGCCGUUGCGGAUUCUGGGAAUGAAACUAUUGGCAGGAAAAGUUCUAAUUCUAAAAAUAUGAAUAUUCCGGAUGGUAUAGAUGAUGAUGAUGAUGAUGAUGAUAUAGAUGAUGAUGGUGAUGAUGAAGAAUGUAAUAAUGAUGAUCACCUGACCACUGAAAUUGAAAUUGAAAGUGCUGACGCUAAAGAAGCCGAUCAAAUGAUAGAAGUGAGUCCCGAAAAUGAUGAUGCUGUUGAGUCAACUAAUAUAAUGGAUGUUGCUGAAACUGAGAUAAAUGUUCAGCAGCCUAACGACGAUGAACGUUUAUAUCCGAUACCAACCUAUGUAUUCUCAAUCAAAGAUCAUGAGCAUGAUAAGAAAAAGAAUAAAAACCGAUUGAAUCGUUUCAUGGAAGCCGUGCAACAAGCUAAUCAAGAAUUAAAAGAUGAUUUGGAUAAAACAUUAGAUACUACAUCGCAACGGCAAUUAUUACCAUCAAAAUCUUCUGCAUUUCAGCCUAUUGAACCAUCGACAAAACGAACAAUAACUGCCGAAAAUGUUCUCAAUACAUCAACAACUAAGAAUAUAACUACAAUCAAUUCUUAAAAUUUUAACUGUUAUUGCGUUAUGAUUCUAAAUAAAUUAUUUAUGUUAACCUCCACCAGUUAGGUGUAAUUUGAAACAAAACAAGAGAAUCAAAUGAACGAUAAAAUGAUA